UGGGAAGGCAUGGGCCGGGCCCAGCUCUCUAUCAGUAGCUGCUGCUGCUGCCUGCUCUAGAGGCGGGCUACGCUGUGGCGACCCGGGCCUGCCGGAGCGGACGCCGGGGCCGGGCGGUUCCCACUUUCCUCAGCUGUGACUUCUUUUGGACAACCAAUGAUAUUUAUUAUUGUGCCAAGUUUCUACAGAUAAAAGAUGGGUGGAUUAUUUUCUCGAUGGAGGGCAAAACCUUCAACAGUAGAAGUUCUAGAAAAUAUAGAUAAGGAAAUUGAAGCACUGGAAGAAUUUAGAGAAAAAAAUCAGAGAUUGCAGAAAUUAUGGGUUGGAAGAUUAAUUAUCUAUUCUUCAGUUCUUUAUCUGUUUACAUGCUUAAUUGUGUACUUGUGGUAUCUUCCUGAUGAAUUUACAGCAAGACUUGCCAUGACACUCCCAUUUUUUGCUUUUCCUUUUAUCAUCUGGACCAUAAGAACUGUGCUUAUUUUCUUCUUUUCCAAGAGAACAGAGAGAAAUAAUGAAGCAUUGGAUGAUUUAAAAUCCCAGAAGAAAAAGAUACUUGAAGAAGUCAUGGAAAAAGAAACUUAUAAGACAGCUAAGUUAAUUCUUGAAAGAUUUGAUCCAGACUCAAAGAAAGCAAAGGAGUUUGAGCCGCCAUCUGCUGGAGCAGCUGUAACUGCAAAACCAGGACAAGAGAUUCGUCAGCGAACUGCAGCUCAAAGAAACCUUUCCUCAGCACCAGCAAGCUCUACUCAGGGCCCUCCUUCACAAGUUCCAGUAUCUCCUGGGCCAUCAAAGGAUGCUUCAGCUCCUGGGGGACCUCCAGAAAGGACUAUUGCUCCAGCCUUACCCAGGCGCCUUGGAUCCCCUGCUACUUCAGUGCCUGGAAUGGGCCAUCAUCCUCCAGGUCCACCCUUAGCAAGACCCAUUCUCCCCCGAGAACGAGGUGCUCUGGAUAGAAUUGUGGAAUAUUUAGUUGGUGAUGGUCCACAGAACAGGUACGCCCUCAUAUGUCAGCAGUGUUUUUCCCACAAUGGCAUGGCUUUAAAGGAAGAGUUUGAAUACAUUGCUUUUCGAUGUGCCUACUGUUUUUUCUUGAAUCCUGCAAGAAAAACCAGACCUCAAGCUCCACGACUUCCAGAGUUUAGUUUUGAAAAGAAGCAAGCAGUGGAAGGCUCAAGUUCAGCUGGUCCCAUGUCAUCAGAAAGUGUACCCUCACCAGAGAGCCAGUUCAGUGAAGAAUCUUUAGAAGAACAAGAUGUUCUUGGUAAUAGUACAGAGCAGGGAGAUGACAAAAUACCAGUGGCAGAGCAGACGAGCCAAGUGAUUGAAAAAACAUCUGGUUCAGAGGAGCCAGAGGCGAAACAAGAAGAGACAGAGAAUGAGGAAACAUCAACAAAUGAAGCCAAGUCAACAGUUCUCAGAGCUGAUUCUGUUUCUAAUCUUGAACCAAGUGGAGAAUCUUUGGUGACACAGUAGUAAAUAACUCCAUGUGCCUUCUGCUGGAUAUUUGUAGUCUUGCUGAUGUCAGUUACUGCCUUUUUUUUUUUUUGGUGGUACUCAAAAAAAUGCCUUUUAGAUAUAUGCUUAAUACUAUUCAAAUUCAGAUUGCCUAGCAAGUUCAGUGUGUUCAAGUCCUGUCUACUGGGCAUUGAAAAUAAAAGCACGUAUUAUCACUGAAUGUGCAGAGACCCACAUAGCUGUUAGAUACUUUGUGCAUUCUAAAGUUUAAAAAAAAAAAAGCAUUUUUGUUUUCUACACCUAUAACUUGUAAAUAAUACCCAUUUUGACAUAGGAACAAUUUUGGCUAGGAAUAAUUUCUUUAAUGGUGUUUAAGGAUUGAAACAUAAUUAAGAUUUUGAAUACUUCAUCAUUGAAUUUUAAGUCCUGAGAUAUUUGCCAGUGGGAAGGAUAUAUCUAUUUAGGUGUUUACAUUAAGUGAUACUGAAAGCUGUAAUCUUAAUUACAUAGGCAUUGGUACGAACUGUCAAUAAGAAUGCAACUGAACAGUCAAGUGCAGUGUUUCUUUUGAUGUCUUUUAUUUUGCAGCUGGGCCAAAGGCAUGUGAUGUAUAUAGUUAGUUUAUGUUUACAUAUUAACAAAUAGGAACUAUGUCUGCACUUGACUGUACUUGAAUUCUUGGUAUUAUUUAUAUUUGUAAAAUAAUGAUAUAUAAAUGAAUUUGUGUGUGCGUGUGUUUUGGAAAAUAAAGAUGACCUGGCAAUGUUUUUUCUUGGUUAAAUAUCUAGACUUCUUCACGUAGUGUUUUAAUGGAUGACUAGCUAUCUGAAAAAAAAAAAUCUUGGUAGGGAGAGUUCACUGUAUGAUAAAUACAUAGUAAAUUAUGUUUUUGUUUUUCAUUUAGAUUUUCAAAUUCAGAGAAAUAAGAAAUUUAGUGUUUUUAAUCAGAAGUUAAAAUGUUCUGAUUUUGAAACACAUUUAUGCCCUUUGUGGUUUUUAACUUUGAGAGACAAAUACAUUUUUGAACUAGGCAUUUAGCUGCUAAGGAAGCUCGCCGGAUUGAAUGUGUAUAGCAAGGAGCAGGUGUGAAGGUUUUUGAUAUAGACUAGUUAAUCUUAAACACACUCCGACAAUUGGUUCUAGCUUCCUUUAUGUGUCUUCUCCAACAUUGAAACAAUUAGAAGUGAAGUUAUUAUGCCAUAGGGGAGACAUGUUAGCAUAGUGUGUCUGGUUUAAAUUAAAUGUACUUUUAUCAUUUAAAAGUUUAUUUUUAUGAUUUAAUAUCUCAUCUGACAUAUAUUAAAGAACCUAGUUUGUUAAUAGUCUGAGACAUUUUAGUUUGGUGCCCAUAAAUUCAAGGAUGUGGAACUAGACUUGAAUGUCAGCUUUGUAAUCCUGGGCAUUUCACCUAACCUCUCCACAUUUAUUUCAUCUGUAAAAUGGGAAGAAUAAUAUCUGUUUUCCAUAGGUACUGGGAUGAUAAAAAUAGUUUAUAUGAUGUGCCUAGCUUUCUUGCUGGAUAACUAAUAGAUAUUAGAAUACAUGGUAUAAAUUAUUAUUACUGUUGUUAUUAUUAUUAUUAUUAUUAUUAUUAUUAUUAUUGAAACCCUUGUGAAAUAUGGAAGGGCCAUAGAUUCCUUCUAUGGCAGGUAAUGAAACUUAAAAUCAUGAACAUAUAGUUCAGUUGCUCUGAACAGAAACAGCUUUCUGCAUAAAUGUCAUAUGCGCGUGUCUAAAUGAUAGAUUAAAGAAAUGGAGAACUGAAACUAUGAAUUUAACCCUUCUUAAAAAGCUGUGUUUCUUUUUUAUGAGGGUGAAUGUUUCACUUGCAUAUAUGUUUAUGUACUGCAUUUGUGUCAGGUACCUGCGAGGCCAGAAGAGGGUACUGGAUCCCUUGAAAUGAAAGUUACAGAUGAUUGUGAGCUUCCACAUGGGUGCUAGGGAUCAGAUUUGGCUGGAAGAGCAGGAACUGCCCUUAACCACUAAAGCCAUCUUUGCAAUUUCAUGUAACAUUUUUUUUGUUUUUAAAUUUUACUAGCUCUGUGUGUGUGUGUGUGUGUGUGUGUGUGUGUGUGUGUGUGUGUGUUAAUCGCACCUUGUUGAGUCUUUUUAAAACAUAUGAUAGACAGUGCUCGAAUAUGAGUACCUUAGAGAAAAGGAAUUUAAUGAUGAAACUGAGGAGAUAUUAUAAAAAAAUCUCCAAAAAGAAAUACAAAGGGAAGGCUAGAGAGAUGGCUCAGUGGUUGAGUGAGUGUGCUCUUACAGAGUGCAGGAGUUCGCUUCUCAGCACUCAGCCUGGGCACCUCCCGCCCACCUGGAGCUCCUUCUAUCUGGCCUCCUAGGACACCAAACUCAUGUGCAUUCUCUUCCUCACAGAUACACAUAAUUAAACAUAAAAAUCCAGAUCUGAAAAGGAGGUUAGUAAAGCUAACACAAUGGAGAAGUAGUUAGUGUAUUUGAAAUCUCAUUCUGAUGUUAUGACAACAGCUGAAGAGAAUGAGACGCCCCAUUUCUGAUUAUCAAGACUAGUGUGAAUGAGGGAAGCAAGCUGUCAAGCCAGAGUGAUGGCUUCCCUGUCCACAGUCAACAGUCUUUUAAUGUCGCCUCGUUGUGUCUGGUGUGACCUACAGACAGCGUUUGGCCUCUUCUCCCUGUCUUUCCCCACAUCCUCCUCUCAAUCCCGUGGCCAGGCUUUGUCCUUUCCUGCCUUAAGUGUCAGCUUACAUUGUUUUCUGACCCUCCGCCUUUUAGUCCUGCAUCUCUCGUGUGUCCCUUUGUCUUUGCUCAGGGUCCUUACUGCAGGGUGUCCUGUUUCUCCUCAGCUCUCUCCACAAUUGGCCUCUCUUCAAUCUGUGUGUUGAGGGUCUAGCAGGGCUCCACUCAUUGAAGACAAAGUUCUUCACUCGUUCUCCUGCUUGGCAGCUUGAUUUGCCUGAGUGCUCUUUUUUUUUUGAGACAGGGUUUCUCUGUGUAGUUUGGGUGUCUGUCCUGGAUCUCACUCUGUAGACCAGGCUGGCCUCGAACUCACAGAGAUCCGCCUGACUCUGCUUCCCGAGUGCUGGGGUUAAAGGCGUGUGCCACCACUGCCCGGCUGGCUGAGUGUUCUCUUUCCUUUGAGACACCUUUUUCCUUUUGGUUCUGGACAGAUGCUACCAUUAUCUUCUGGUUUCUUGUUUUUGGUCCUUUGAAUGUUGGUACUUCCUGGCUUUUACCUCCUGUCAGCUCUUCACUCUGCACAUUCAUUCCCUGGGAGCUCUCAUCAAUGCCCAGGUAUUUAGCAAUUACUGUCUGUCUAUGAAUGUCAGCUCUCUAGCUUGCUCUGUUUCUUUUUCUUCAUAGCUCCAUAUUUACCCACCUACUGCCAUGGCAUUGUGAAGUCAGUAUAUUUGAAAAAGAAUGCUUAUUCAAACUUGUUUCUCAUUUCACCAAAUAGCAUCAGUAUUCAAGCUAGAAUUUAGAGUCUGUUCCUUCUUCCUUUCCCUCUGUAGUCCAACUGUCCAUCCCAACUUCUUAACCUCCCUGCCCCCUCCCCAGAAUAUUGCAGUAUAGCCUAGCUUGGUCUGGAAUUUGUGACUUGUGGCCUCAGCUUCCUGGGUGCUGGCAUCAUUUCUGUGAGCCACUAUGCCUUGCUCUCUUAAACCCCUUACAUUUAUUUUAUUUCUUUGUCUCAUUUGAAUGAUAUUAAUAAUAAAUUUGCAUUGUUCCAUCAAACAACAUCUGCCUGCUGUAUAUAUGUGUGCUUACACACAAGUUGUUUUUUGUUUUUUUUUAACAGUCCUGUGAAGAUUUUAUAUCUUGAGUUAUGGGAAAGAAACAAGAUGUAGAGAGAAUAAGCAGUUUUCUCUGAGUGAGUUCUACAUCUGGUAUGUGGAAAUCAGAGAUCUGAAUGUAAACCAAUGACUAAUGGUGACUUCUUUCUCGUCUUUGGAGUUGAACCCACAGCCUCAUACAUGUUAAGCACAGCUCUGCUAUUGAAAUAUCCCUCCAGCUCCUAAAAGCCUUACAUUUAGUCAUCAUGGGGUUGCCUUUUAAUCCAUGCCUCCAUGGCCUCAGGUUAUGAAGUCUACCUUUUAAACUGUCUGUCUUCAUCUUGAUGCUUUCCUGUCCGUUCUAUGCAGUUCAGACCUUGCUUCUGCCUUCCGUGAUUGCCGUGUUUGAGAGAUCUGAACUUAGGAUCUGACCGACACAGCCAGUGCAGUUUCUUCCUCCUCGGCUCUGACAUCUCUUCUAGCAUUACAGCUAGUGUCGCUGUCACCUCCCCUCACCACACACAUACUCUCAGUAUACAUACAUUGUUAUUUUCAAUGCUGAUACAUACAGAGUUUCUCUCGGCCUACUAGAUGUCUCAAGCUCCUGCCCCUGAAAUACCUCCUGUUUAUGUAGGUCCUCAAGGAACUCAAUAUAUAGUUGUUGAAUUGGAGUAGCUCCACUUGGAAUCCAAGGUUGGACAGUUUAUUAUUCAUUAAACUAUGCAUUUUUUAUCAUGUACUCAUUGUGCAUACACACCUUCAGAUUAGAAUCAAGUCAGUAGCUGUGUGUAUGUAUGUGUGUGGGGGAGACUGAUUUUAAUUAUGUAAUGAUUGUCAUUAAAUACUAUACGCUGAGUUCCAAUGCUGAAUGAUUGUCAGUUUUAGGUCAGGAACAGCGAGCAUCUGAGCCAAGUCAGAUCUGACUUACUGUAGGAUGAUUCUAUUGAACCAUUAAUUUUUCAGUGUUUCAAUCUUGGUAAGUUUAGGACUUCUUUAGCAACUUUACUUGUGUUUCCAACUGACAGUGCCUAAAUUACGAGACGACCUGUUAGAUUUUUGUAUAUAUCAGUUGAAGGGGUGAAGGAGGAGGACAGGUAUUUUGAGUGGCUGUGGGUAAUGAAACUGCUCUAGGACAAUAGCAGAAAAAAUGUCAAAGACAUUAGAUACAGUUCACAAACUAAAGAACCAUCAAAAAAAAAAAAAAUUCAAGUUCCAAGUAGUAAUGAAUCAGAGUAGAAAUAGUUGUGUAUUGAGACCUGUUAGAUCAUAAUUUUAUAAUUUGAUGUAUUUCAAGUUUAUUAAAUUUCUAAGUGUGUUAAUACUACUGGUCAGUGGAUAAAUAUAUUUUAAUUUAGACAGACAGUUAUAUAAAUAUGGAAAGGUUAUGUCUUUGGAAACAAUAAAAACUGAAUGCAGAAUUAAAACGUUAUUUAAUUGAAUCAAUCUGUGAGCAAUUUGUCUUAUUAUUAUUAGCUUAUUUGAACUAGUUGGCAUUUUGUACUUGCAUUUUAUUUUUUACUGUUACCUUUAACCUUUCUAGGGCCCGAGAGAUGAAUCAGCAGGUAAAGGUAGGCACCUGCUGCCAAGCCUGAUGCCCUGUUUGAUUUCCAGGACCCACAUGGGGGAAGGGUAGAACCACCUUCCUCAGGCUGGCCUCUGACCUCUGCGUGCCUGCUGGGGCUCAUGUAUGCCCACACAUAUACACAAAUGAAAUCAAUGGAAAAAUAAAGACUUUAAAAGCAUUGCUGAAGUUGGAGCUGAGAAAGCAUUUUUUGUAAGCGUGAGGACCUGAGUUUGGGUCUGUAGCUCCUGUGUAAAAACUGGGCAUGGCUGCCUGGGGCUGUCAUCCCAUCACUGACGGGUGGUGACAGGUGGGUUCAGGAGCAUGCUGGCCACCCCCCCACACACCUUUUUCCUCUGGCAUCAAAACUGAUAAAUGUUGCAAGUACUCUUAGAAGAUUAAAAAGUGUUCUUAAAGCAUCCCUCAGUCCAGAAUUGUGUAAAAGAGGCCAAAUUUUUAGCUACUCAAGACUUUUACCAGAUCUCUGGCAUUUGAUUUAGGAAAACUUGAGGAAAAUGUAUUUUCAUGGAAAUAAAUAUUUCUCAGUCUGCUUUGAAGGGUGUUGCAGGCAGGGCGUUUGGUGCACAUAUUUGUAAUGCCUCCUGUUGGUCAAGCUUAUGCUCUAGGUACUAUCCCAUGCAUUCUCUUAGGGUUCUCCCAGUGACUUCAAGGAGAGAGCAGUGUCACAUGGAGAUUAAAUUCAUUUCCUAAAACUGUUUGGUUUAUGGGGCUGAAAAUGGGAUUUAAACAUGGGGACUGCAGUUGCUUUCUUCACCACCUGUGAGCUCUCCUUUAGCUGAAGGAAUUAGGCUAAGGCUCUUCAGUUUUUCAUGCUUGUGUAGUAUUUCACAAGUCAUUCGUGCAGGAAACACCUGGUUGCUUGUUAUUUCUGCUUCUCAGUUCUCACUGAAUACUGGAGAUAGACCAUGUUUCUUAGUUAUUGUCUCCCUCUUGAUCGCAAACCAAAGUAAACCAGAACUUGGCACAGGAUGUGAUACAACUAUAAUCAGAAAGCAGAUUCCUAUUACUAAGUGCUGGACUUGCCUUUGCCAAUACCAGAGGUUGAUGUGCUGUUUCUGCCUGAAAUUCCUGUGAAUGAUGGAGUUAGGACUAGAAAGUGAGUACUUGCCCAAAGCACUACUGAGGGCUAGGAUAUAUUGUCUUUGUCCUCUUGGUGCCUGACAUCGAAGAGCCUCAAUAACAUGAAUGAACUAAGCUGGAGACGGCCUAGACACAUGUGCUGCGGUGGGAGAGUGGAGAAAGCAUGGCCCUUGCUCCAAAGAGCCUGUUACCUGGGCUGGGUUUAUGAAUUUCCUUUUUCCUACUUCUUCUAAAAUAUUUAGAGAAACCCAUAAAUAUUCAGUUUUACUAUAUACCUCUCUCUGGCCUUGAAUUUGCUCUGUAGACCAGGCUGGCCUCGAACUCACAGAGAUCCACCUGCCUCUGCCUCCAGAGUGCUGGGAUUAAAGCCUGUGCACCACCACACCAGGCUCUAUAUUGAUUUUUACUUACCUAUUUCCAACCCAUUUGAUGCUAUGACUGAUGUUAGCUUAGAGCUUUUCUUAAAUUCCUGCUUUUUGACAUCUGGAUCUAGUGGGGCCUAGAAUCACAUAUCCCCUUGUAUGCAAUGAUUCAAGAAUAUUUCCUUUCUCAGUAUAUAGAUUUUAAAGUUGGGUAUUUGCCUCAAAGAAAAACAUAGCAAAAGGAAAUGGAUCCUGUGCUUGUACAAGUAUAAUUAAGACAUUCCAAUGUGUGUUUUAUGAACUAUAAGCUGUUUGCUAAAAAUGAACCUGGCUACUCAUGUCUUAUUGUCUAUAGCAAGAAUUCCAAAGGCUUUCCUUACUUUCUAGGAGUUGACAGAUUUUUUUUAAGUUAAUAGUGCUUUGCUUUAUACAAUCUUUCAAAAAAGAUUAAAUAAAAUUUGGAACUUUUAUUCUCAACUGUGUGUUCACAUCGCUACAGUAUAUGGAUUUUCAAAUUAGAAUGCUUUGGGUCUUGUAAUUAAAACUGAAUACAGAUGGAAAUAAAAUUGAUAUUCUUGAGACCUA